AUGGAAGACUUGCCAAUUAACAAUGGGGAUUGGUCUUGGUGUAAUAAACAGAUUACUCAUAAAAGGAUUAAUGCUAAAUUGGAUAGGGUUCUUGUCAAUGCUGAGUGGUUGCAUCAGUUUAAUGACUCCAAAGUGGUUUUCACUCCUUCUUCUUUAUUAGAUCAUUAUGGUCUGUUAGUUCAAUGGUUUUUUGAUUGUUCAGUUGGGCCAAAACCAUUCAAAUUUCUCAAAAUUUGGUGUCUUCAGGCUAAAGUUGAGAAAGUUGUGAAGAAGGCUUGGGAAUGUAAUGUUACAGGAAGUCCAAUUCAUGUUUUGCAGAAAAAACUCAGGUCUGUUAAGGAUACUGUCAAAAGUUGGAAUAAAGAGAGGGAGACUACUUCAGAUCAACUUCAAGCUGCUAGAGAAGCAAUUUAUUCAGUGCAAAUGGAUCUUCUUCAGGACCCUAAUAAUCAAGAUAGUAUUUCAAAGGAGAGAGAAGCUACUGAUAAUCUACAACAUGUUCUUGGUCUUGAAGAAAUUGUCUGGGCCUAG